CGAGAAAGAGAGCGGAGAGAGAGAGACAGACAGACAGACAGAGUGAGAGAGAGAGAGAAAGAGAAAGAACGAGUCAGACUGAAAAACAUCUCCGCACAGGAGCGCGAGACGAACAUGACAGCGCGUGCCUGUGUGCGCGUGUGAGCGUGGUUGAGCGUGAAUCAUGAGCGGUGAGUAAUGUCUCCUCUCUGACGUCACUCCUCCGGACUGAGGGAGCGGAGUGAGUGAAUCCGCUCGAGACUCCGCAGAUCAGCGGAGCAGCGCGAGCAGCCGGACUCACUCCGGACCGGCCGGAGCGGACCGAACCGCUUUAAAUGACCCUUUCAGAGCGCGCGCCGAGGCUACAUGUGAUAUCUGCUCCAUGUCGUGUACGGUGGGCCUGAAGAGAAAGCUGCAGUCGGAGGACGAGGAUGAAAAGGAACCCAAAGUGGCGGCCAUACUGGCGGACCCUCACCCAGCCUACUCCCUCCAGAGGGAGACCGUGCUGCAGCUGUCCCUGCAGAAGCUCUGCAGUCACGUAGAGACGGCUCUGGUGCGCCGCGUCCUCAUCACCAACACGCUGAGGUCCAUCCAGCAGGAGCUCAGUGAGCAGGGGGCGCUGAUCAUGACCCAAACACAGAGCGGAGAUACGGGGGUCAGUUGGGGUCACGGGGUUGGCACUGAGGGCAGUCUGACCCCGGCGUGGGUUCUGGAGCAAGACGGGGAACUGUUGUUUUCUCUACACUCGUCCAUUCAAGCACAUUCGGCCUCGUCCAUCAACAGAUCUUCUACAAAGGACAGUUUCUCCACAGCUUUGGCUGAAAUCGAGGAUUUGUGUCCCACUCUAACAGUGGCAGCCAACUCUACCUCUUUUUCUACGUCUUCGUCCAUCGCUCAGCCGGACCUUCAGUGCUCUUCUAACAAAAACAGUAGACUCAGCGUUCCAGCUGUUGAAAUAUCAGAAAAAGAGGCUCAAAUUCAUACUGGCUUAAUUGGGCCUUGUGACUCCGCCCACUUAUCCAGUUCCAUUUUUCUCCCUGAACUUUCACUGGACGAUUUCCUCUUCUCAGACAUCGACAACUUCCUGUGCGAGCUGAACCCUUGCGGCCCGAACCCGGGCCUGGCCCAGGGCUCAUCCUCGUCUAAGGUAGUUUCCAUGGUAACAGACGACCUCAUGAGGAACCUCACCAACCAGCCUUUCAAAACAGACCUGAACGAGCUGGACCACAUCAUGGAGGUUCUGGUCGGCUCAUGAGGGACAUGCGCCAAGCCCACAGUAAAGCGACAGUUUGGCGAAAAAUCGAUCAGCCAGGACGAGUUUCCUUCUGUAGCUUUGCACUGGAGCUACUAGGCUAACAUAGCUAACAAGCAACGGAAGCUCACCAAUGAGUAUUGUGCCAACAUGCCUUGAACCAAGUUGUGAAGUUGUUCCGUAAUUGCAAAAAUAGACUUGUUCAGAAGUUUCUGACACUGUAUGACAUCCUGUUAUCUGUUCAUAGUAUUUGAUUAAGAAGACCACGACGCCAUGUUGGCAGGCAAGCUGUAACUCUGACUGUGCUCUGAUAGAGCUUGUCUCAACACUGUUACUGCAGCUACAACCCUGCAGGUGGAUAAAAACCAAGCAAAAUAGACCAGAAUGACCACAAAAAAGAUUUAAAAAGAUAUGUAGACGCUUUAGAUGCGUCUCCAGAAAACGCUAUCAGGCUAGGAUUAACGAGACUGGUGAACUGGAUCCAGUCCAAGUCGGCUUCUUAUUCGCCAGUUUCUCAUUUGAAAUUUCCUUUCCACCUUAAAUGGUGCUGCAGUUACACAAAGGUUCCUUAAGCGUACAACGAAUGUUGGAACUUACCUGAAUAAGUGCCUCGGUUUAGCCCAAAACACGUGCCUUAAUCAAUAAAUACCUUAAACCUUCGCUUGUGGAUGUUUACUGUGCAGCUAACGAUCAGCCGUUGGACCUGUUGAACGCUUCUCACUGGCUGAUCUAAUGCCGCGUCCCAAACCACACACUUCUGUAUUUCAGCUGCUACUCUAAUGAGUGCACUAUUUACCAGCGCACAUACUAUUAAGUGUGCUAGUAUGCGGUUUGGGACGCCAAAAUAAUAAUGCGGUGGGAAAUUUCAGCUGUUCAGAUGUUAGCUUUUAUUUUUUGUCACUACAGCAGCAAAUCAAAUGAAAUCAAGUCAUUGCACUCAAAUACACUGGUUACAUUACACUGGCUUUAAAAAUGAGAUUUAAAAAGUGUUUACAGCCUUUGUUGGAUCUGUUACAGCUUUGUUAUCUCAUUACAAACCACCACAGCACUGCUGAAUGAGCUUGAUGUUGUCAUCGGAAUACUAUCAAUAGACAUGUACAAAACCAUAUUAGCACAGCCAGAAACAGAACAUGUUGUAACUCCGUGCUCACAGAUAACAGUAUACAGUGUCAGAAACCACAUAACUGUGUCUAUUUAAGAUUACUUAACAUCUUGGCUGAUUAACACUUUUGAUAUAAGAGGAACAUUCUGCAAAUGUGCUUUGCUUGUCAAACUAUUGCUUUAAGUUAAACAACCUUACAUUGUGAAAAGUUUUAAAAAUGGGUUCAAAGCCCAUUUUGUGAGUUUUGCAGUGUCCAAAGAUGUCAUGCCAGGGAAACAAACAUAUUUAUUCACAUGUGCACAAAUUUAUGUUACACCUGGCAGCGUUUUGUUAAGGCAGGGAUGUAAUAUAUUAGAUAUUCCUCAUCUGAAUAAAUUAUGCUUUAUUUUUAUUUAACGGUUUUCCUAUUUCACAGAUAUGAAGGGCUCUUAUUUUGAUACUAAAAUGUGUUUUUGAAAUAAAAAAAUGUUAAAAACA